AUGGGGCGCAUACGCGCGCGAUCAGCUGCGAUCGCCGUUGUCGAUCGCGCGACGAUCAUCUUAUCGUCGUUGUGUCGACGUCGUCUACGCCUCUUGUACGCCUCACGAACUGACCGUCACGUACGUCACGUCAUAUCAAAAGCGAUGUGGUUUCUUCUUCUUAAAUCUCUUCUGCUGCUGAAUCUUCUCGGCGAGAUUGCUGGUGAGUGCAAAUUUUAG